AUGGCUACCCCUCCUCCUGACACCCGCCCCAUCGUCGUCUCCGGCCCUUCUGGCGUCGGCAAGGGAACCCUCUACGGCAUGCUCUUUGACCGCCACCCAGACACCUUCUGCCUGUCCGUCUCACACACCACGCGCGACCCUCGCCCCGGCGAGGAGCGUGGCGUCCACUACCACUACGUGACCAUGGAGGACUUCGAGGACCUCAUCGCCAAGGACGGCUUCGUCGAGCAUGCCAAGUACGGCCGCAACCGCUACGGCACCAGCAAGAUGACCAUCGAGGAGCAGACCAAGAAGGGCAAGGUCGUUUUGCUGGACAUUGAGAUGGAGGGCGUCAAGCAAAUCAAAAACUCCGGCAUCUCGGCCCGCUACAUCUUCGUUUCCCCGCCGUCAAUUGAGACCUUGGAGAGGCGCCUGCGCGGCCGAGGCACCGAAACCGAGCAGAGCAUCCAGGAGAGACUGUCUCAGGCUCAAAAGGAGCUUGAGUUUUCACAGACACCCGGCGUGCAUGACAUCAUCAUUGUCAACGAUGACCUCGAGGAAUCCUACAAGAAGUUCGAGGAGUUUGUGUAUAAGUCUUAG